GCAAACAGUACUCAUGGUGAUUGGAAUGAGAACUGCGGAUGCAUGCCUGUCGAUCUGUGUGUCAGAUAUUGGUAUAUAGAUCCGAUGUACGUGCUUGCCGUUGGAUAUCAUUUUGUGCUCCUAUGAUAACGUUGAGUCCAGCAACAGACGGCAAGUUGUAAUCCGAGUAAUUUGUGUCGCGAUCGCUGGCGGGAAAUAAUGGCGGAUACCGGAUUCAAAUUCUCUCGUCUGGGAGGAGGAGGAGGAGAUGACCAAGGGGGAGAGGGGAAGGGAAGUCAGGAAGCUUUCGCGGGUAAUAUUGAGAGUAGGCCAGCAGGAGAUUCUUCGACGAAUCCGAUGAUGACGAUGGUGCUCGGUAAUGGACAGGGAGCCAGGGGAUCUGUCAAAGCGGUACGGAGGACGACUCUCUUGAUGAUGGCUCUGGUAGGCGUUAUCUGUCUGUUGGCUGUUGUUUUGUCUGGUCUCGCUCUCUCUCGCGUGAUGUCUAUUGAGACAUCGGAGAAAACAUGGACGUUUGCGCUUGGACAGUCGAACCUUGUAUUGCAUUACAUAGACGGAAAAACUUUACAAAUGGACGGAUUCGAUGUUGAAAUGGUGCAAGCCGUAUGUCACGUGGCGGGUAAGAAAUGUGAGAUAGUGACUGAUCAACGCACAAACUGCUGGAAAUCUCAGAAUGGAUCACCUGCGACGGGUGGAGAGGGUCUCUACGGAGGCUGGUAUGAUGCAUGCGCUGGUUGGUCACAGACUCCAGAAAGGCGAAGGGCAUUUGCUUUCACUGAGCCUUAUACCAAGCCAUUCCCUAGCGCGUUCUUUACGCUAAACGCGUCACCGGGAAAGUCUAGUUUUGACACCUCUGACAUGCAGGGAAAGAAAAUCGGAUUCCUUGACGGCUAUGCAAGCGAUGAACAUUGCUUAAACAGACAGGAUAAUAUUCAGGGUUUACCUCUGAAGACUGAGCAGAUAUUUCACUACCUUACACCCGCUGAUGCAGAAGCAGGAUUGAGAACCAAUCAGGUUCAUGCAAUAUACACGACAAAGUAUGUGAGUAUGGCAGACGCUUCUCCAGUAGAGGGAAAGUCAUUUAACUGUUCGACUCGAGGUUUAUCCAUCAUGACCCGGAAGGAUUCCGGGCUUGAGGACUGGUGGAAUCCUGCUUGGGAGCAGAUCUUCCACAGCACGUAUUACCAUGUCUUAUGUCAGACACUGGUAAUCAGACAUGGGCUAUUUCCUGGGCUGAACGUUGAAGACAUAUGUCUUCAAUUCACAUAAUGUGCCUUUUCAUAAAUUAAAUACAUUAUUUUGUCAUCUUUCCUAUUGUGAACUCAUUGCCUUUAUAUUUCUCAUGUAAUACAACAUUUUAAAGAUAAUGUGCGCAUUAUUUUGUACUUUUACAGUAAGUGUUCUAUACUGACUUUGUGUUUGUUGGCUGAGCCAUUGUUGAUGUUUUUGUUGUUGCAAUCUGCCACAUUGUUUGGUAAUACUUAUUCAUAAUAUGAUCUUGUAUAUGGUGUCAGAAUAUAAAUGAAAUAAAUAAUUUCAAUUGCAAAUUAGGUGUACCGGUAAUGCACAAGUUCUACCUUUAUUGGAUGUAACAUUUUGUGUAACACAUGGGGUACUUGUAUUUAUAAAAAGGUGUGUAGUCGUGUACAUGUAGGUCAACGAGACAUUAAAUGUCACCACGUAUUAACAGUUAAUUGUGAUUACUGUAUUUGUGAAAGCCCACAUUGUGAAUAUCGUCUUAUGAAGUGGGAAAACAUGCUGGUGAAUCUGAAAUGUUUUGGAUGGUGUUUGUGAAAUGCUAUUUUAGUUUCUAGGAUAUUCAUUGAGAUGUAUUUUGAAAAAAGCAGUUUAUUAUUCAUGUGAUUUUGAUAAGUUGCAAGUUUGUUAUACAGUUUAUUUCAUCUGUUUACAGCCAAGAUUAAGGAGCUCUUUAAGUAAUGAUUCCACACACUGAACUGCUGGUUUAAUCUUGAUUUUUAUUAAUGCUUUAUUUCAAUCAUUAUCAUUAUCAAGAGUAAUCAGGAAAAUUUACAACCUAUUAUGACAAAUCGGAUGAUUGACUUGGUAUAUUACUAAACUUGAAUAGAAUUCUAUGUUAGUGGAGUACCAUAAUAUAUUGAUAUGCAGACAUAAUAAGCACAAACAAUUACAAAGCGCUUUUAAUUUCAGCCAUGUGAAGAGUGAAGACUCAUAUACAUGUAUUUGGUAACUGACUGCCUCAUCAAACAUGAUCUCGCCAUCUAUUCAAAGUUUUUACAUCUACUGUGACUUGAUAUAAAACUCAGUUCCAUGUUUAUAUGCUCAUGCUCUUUCUACCAAGCAGUAGUCUUCUAUUUAACGCAUUGUUUCUUCCCAAAAUAAACUUUUAUAGAUUGCAUAUGAUGCAUUCUACAGCACACUUGCGUGAAUUACACAUUUAUUGUUCUUUGCAUACACUUAAAAGAAAAAGGGACUAACAUGAACAUCAAACUAUUAACUUGCUGUUGCUCUACAAUGACAUACAGUUAACAACUAAAUUAUUGAUACCCCUUGUAAGUUUGAUGUUUUUUGUAUACUUGUAAUUUAAGAAUGAAAGGUGGACUGAUUGAAUUAGGGCCUUUAUUGAAUAAUUUUAGAAGCUUUGAUAUUUCACAUUUUCAAGAAAUACAAAUUGGGACAAAUCAAUUUUUGACAUACUUAAAAAAUUACAAAACUUGGUAAGGGUAUGAAUAAUUUAGUUUUUAACUGUAUACAUAUAUAAUCAUGUCAUAAUGUAGUAGAAGCACUUCUUCAAUCAUUAAAUUCUAUCAGUGAAGAGAGAGACACUUGUGUCAAGUAUGUUUUUGUUUAUACCCCAAGAGAUAUUUUGUUUUUCAUGUAUAGUAAUUAUAUCUUGAGAGUGGAUGGUGUGGAGUAUAAGAAUAAUAAUUCAUUACAUGUUCAAUACUAUUACAACAAAAUACGACAAAAUGCAUACAUUUACACACAAAAAAAAGGAGGGUAUUCGUAAUCUACCGGUAUGAUUAAAAUUUCAUAACAAGAACAGAAUACAUAACUGAGAAACGUAUUAUAAAUAAGUAAUACAAUAGGAGGAACAAAUGAUGUUCAAUGGCACUUUUAAAUAAUUUCAUUGGUGUAUUGGACAGGGCAAACUGGAAUAAGAUUUACAUAAAUUUUGUGAAAAAUGAGAUGUAACUGCUGGAAGAGCGUCAAAAGACACACUGCACACCGAGUUACAGGUGCGUUGUUUAUAUGAUUUUUCAUACAUUCUGUACAUUUCAUCACUCAAUAUUACUGUUGCAAGAGCGUGUUCUGCUCUUUAUGAUGAAGACAUGUGAUAGGGGUAAUACAGGGCGAUUCU